UUUGGUAAUUACCUGGUGCAAUUACCACCGGAGCAAAGAAUAAUGGAGAUGAAAGACGUCUUUGCGAGAUAUACUAACGAUGUGAUUGCUACUUGCGUUUUUGGCAUUAGUGUUGAUUCUAUGAAAAACCCGGAGAAUGAAUUUUAUGUAUACGGCAAAGAAGCGACCUCUUUUAACAGUACUGCUUUAUUAAAGUUAUACAUAUAUCGAAUUAUGCCUUGGUUGGCAUAUAUAAUCGAUUUGAAAAUCGUUCGUCAGAAAAUCGCAGAUUUCUUCCGAAACAUCAUAGAAACUACUAUAAAAACCAGAGAUGAGAAUGGUAUCGUCCGUCCUGAUAUGUUACAAUUGAUGAUGGAAACCAGGAAUAAGGAAGGCAAAGCAGAAUUAAGUAUCGAUCAGAUAGCAGGUCAAGCAUUCGUCUUUUUCUUUGCCGGCUUUGACAGUACAUCAACAUUAAUGUGUUUUGCCGCUCAUGAAAUUGCGGUAAAUCAGGACAUACAAGAGAAACUUCAAAAGGACAUUGACAAAAUUUUAGAAGAAACAAAUGGGGAAGCAUCUUACGAAGCGAUUAACGGCAUGGAAUAUUUAGAUGCUGUGAUUAAUGAAGCUCUCCGAAUGUAUCCGGUUGCUCCAGUAAUGGACAGAGUAUGCGUAAAGGAUUUUGAGCUACCUCCAGCAUUACCAGGAUUGAAACCAUUUCUUUUAAAGAAAGGACAAGGCAUAUGGCUACCAGUUUAUGCACUUCAGCGUGAUCCCAAGUACUUUGAGGAGCCGGAGAAAUUUGAUCCCGAGCGGUUUCGUGGUGAACGGAAGAAGGACACUCUCAACUCUGGAGCCUACUUUCCUUUCGGUCUUGGUCCUAGAAUGUGUAUAGGUAACAGAUUCGCAUUGUUGGAGACAAAGGUCGUACUCUUUCAUUUACUGGCACGUUGCGAACUGAAAAUUUGCAAGAAAACGUCAGUACCGAUCAAAAUUGCUAAGGACGGUUUCAUGAAGGCUGAAGGCGGUUUCUGGCUGAAGGUGUUACCA